UGAAAAAAAACGGGGAAACUAAGCAGUGAAACCAAGCAGUGAAAUUAGCAGUGAAAGUAAGCAGUGAAUCCAAGCAGUGAAACCAAGCAGUCAAAGCGAAUAAGUGAAACCGAGCAGUGAAACAAAACUGUGACUCUGAGCAAUGAAACCAAGUAGUAAAAACCAAUCAGUGAAACCAAGCAGUGAAUCCUAACAGUGAAAUCAAGCAGUGAAAACGAGCAUUGAAAACCAAGCAGUGAAACUCAUGCAGUGAAACCCAUACAGUGAAACCAAAGCAGUGAAACCAAAGUAGUGAAAACGAAGUGAAAGAUAAAAAGAAAGUAAGUCAGGCUUUCGUAAAGUGAGAGGAGACAUGGCAGGAAAGUUUAAAGUUAGGUGAGAAAAUACAGUUAGUGUUUUGUGAGAGAGAGAGAUAGUGAGUUAGAAAGUGAAAUAGAGAGAUAGAGAGAGCAUGGCGUGGUCUGUCACCUUACACUCGCCACUGGUGUCACCACCUCGACACCACCGCAAUCACCACCACCCAGCCUCCAACACCACCAGCGGCAGCUCCGUCAAGCCAUCAUCACCAUCACCACCAUCACCACCACCAUCACCAACACGUGGCAGCAUCACCACCGCCAAACCCCACUACCACAACGUCCGCCGCCGAUACCACCACCACCACCACCACCACCACCACCACCAGGGGCGACCAGCCACGGGGGUGUCAUGGCGGCCUGGCGGUGACUUCAACACCGCCAGCAGCGCAGUCACCGCCUCUUGCUGCUGCUGCUGGGAUUUAUUCUCCUGCUUUAACAGCAGCAAAAGCAGCGGCAGCAGAAUGAAAAAACACAGCAGCUGCUGCAGUGGUGGCGGCGGCGGCGUGGUGAGCGGCGGCACAGCGGCGACAACAACAGCCUGGUGGCACAGAGGCGGCACAGGUGGCACAGGUGGCACAAAGGGAAACGCGUCGUCCGUGUACGUCAUCCUGCUUACCUGCUUCCUGGUUCUCUCGUCCUGCUCAGCCGCCGUGCCCAACGAGAUCCACAGUGGGCUGGGCAAGAAACCUGAACCUCAGUUUGGUGAAGCUAUCGACAACAUUACUGUGGCUGCCGGCAGGGAGGCCAGACUCUCCUGUAUCGUCGACAACCUGGGUGACUUCAGAGUGGGAUGGUUGAAGGUGGACUCCCAGACCAUCCUGAGUCUGCAGAAGCGGGUGGUCACCCACAACUCGCGCAUCUCUGUCACCCACGACGAACACCGCACCUGGAACCUGCACAUCCGCCAGGUGCAGGAGAGCGACAACGGCUGCUACAUGUGUCAGAUCAACACCCAGGUCAUGAAGAACCAGGUCGGCUGUAUCAAAGUCCACGUGCCUCCUGACAUCAUCAACGAGCUGACGUCUUCAGAUGCGACCAUCAACGAGGGAGAUACGGUUAACCUGAGAUGUGUGGCUGAGGGCUACCCCACCCCGGAGAUUAAGUGGAAAAGGGAAGAUGGAAGAGGCAUCGUCAUCAAGAGCUCCGGCAGAGAUGGAUCCAAGACCUUUGAGGCGGUGCCUGGAAGCAACCUGACUCUGGAGAACGUCUCCAGGAGACAGAUGGGAGCCUACCUCUGCAUCGCUAGCAACAAGGUGCCGCCUUCUGUCAGCAAGAGAAUCAUCGUUAAUGUUAACUUCUCUCCAGUGGUGAAGGCAGACAACCAGCUGAUCGGGUCACCCUUAGAGACCAACGUUGAGAUACAGUGCCACGUAGAAGCCUUUCCCAUGGCCGUCAACUACUGGGAGAGAGAGAACGGAGAGAUCAUCCUCAACGGGAGGAAGUACAAGCUGAACGAGGAGAAAGACUCGUACCGAGUGACCAUGAAGCUGGUCAUCAAGAAUUUCACUAAGGACGAUGCUGGACAGUACAAGUGCAUUUCCACCAACUCUCUGGGCAAAGCUGACACCAGCAUCCGUCUCUACGAGAUUGAGGUUCCCACGCCCAGGUCGACGACGGAGCACCAGUACCACCUGUACGUCACGACGCCGCACAGCAAGUCCGUCAAUUCCCUGGACUUGCGUCGUCGGGAGGGCGGCCAGAGCAGGCACCUAGACGGCGCAGCCGGCUCAGCCGGCGCUGACGGAGCCACCGCCGGUCUGGGAGUCGACUUCGACAAGGAGCAGAGCCGACAGCGGCAGCGCCAGCGGCUGGAGUUCGGCGGAGACGGACGCACCGACAAUGGGUACCCAGGGGGCAAGUUUGGCCUUCCCGAGGGGCAUGAAGAACAGGGCAGUGGCAGCGCCUCCUCCAGAACACAUCCUCGGGAAAGCUGGUUCGCAUCCUGCCUGGAGGCACUGGUCUUGUGGUCCCUGGCGCUGGUGCUGGUGGUCACAGACCCUCCACACAUAUUGUUAUGAAUAUAUGUUUGUGUUUCUCACGCUAGGAAGGUGUAUGUUACUAGUGUUAAGUGUUAAUUAAGAGUUGGGGCACAGGUAAACAACUAACAAGGUGUUAAUUCACAUGCUUGCAGGAGGUUCUACAGGAGUAGUAAUGGUGGUGGUUACAGUGCUGGUGGUGACUGCUAUAUUGGUAACUAUGGUGGUGGUAGCCGUGACUGUGGUUGGUAACGUUGGAAAUACUGUUGGGUGUUGGAAAAGUGAUGUGGUGGAGAUAAUAGUAUUGCUGGAGGUGACGAUUGUAGUGGUGGAUGGGUGGACGAUGAACAGGAGGGCAGUGGGUGGUGGACGAGUGGAUGGUAGACGGGUGAGUCAGUGGGUGGUGGACAGGUGGACGGUAGAGUGGUGGGUCAGUGGGUAGUGGACGGGUGGGCAUCAGGCGGUGGGGUGGCUGGAGGCUUGUCAGCAGAAUAUUUCAAAGAACAAGUGUCUAUAUUUUCCUCACAAAAGAUAAGAGUAAAUCAAUCAUUUUCUUCAAUGUCAUACACAGGGGGGGAGACGGAAUGCGGAGUCCCCAACUUACAAAGGCCUCGACUUACAAACAUCUUCACUUACAAACACUUAACAUUUAUAAUAAUUAUGACGGUAUGCGGUGUAUUAGGAGCAUGAGUGUUGCAACUGAUCGUAAAUAAACCAGCAAACUCUCAAACAGGCAGCGCAGAGGUGACG